UGGAAAAACAUUGAUGGCCCAAGCUCUCGCAAACGAAUGCAGUCUUGGAGAGAGAAAAGUUACUUUCUUUAUGCCAAAAGGGUGGGUGGGCGAGUCCGAGAGACAGCUUCGACUUCUCUUUGAUCAGGCGUACCAGCUGCGUCCUUCGUUGAUUUUUUUCGACGAUAUUGACGGUCUCGCCCCCGUAACAUCGUCUCGACAAGACCAGAUACACUCGAGCAUCGUGUAUACGUUGCCGUUGCUACGGUUGCUGGUCUGGAUGAAUGGCCUGGAGAUAAUGGUUAUCGGCGCCACGAACAGGAUCGAGGCUAUCAACCCAGCACUCAGGGGGUCUGGGAUGUUUGAUUGUGAACUCUACUUCCCUCUGCCGUCUCUCCAGGCUCUUAAGCACAUGUUAUCCCUGCAAACGAGCCUGUGGCAACCUCCACCAACCGAUUACCUGCUGAAGAACCUGGCAGAUCAGACAUCGGGGUACUGCAGUGCUGACCUCAAGAGUAUGUGCUGCAAGGCCGUCCUUGCCAGUCUACGCAAACAAUACCCGCAAGUCUACGAGUCCACCGUCAAACUUCAGCUCUAUGUCAACUCUUUCGUCGGGCGAUUCCAUCACUCCCGCAGCGCUCUGGGCCACAUCGCGAGGAUCGCGAUGCGGCCCGCCCCCGCCGCCCAGAGAUCGCGAGGCAGCAUCGGGGAACCACUUCAGCCUGAAGUUCGUCCUUUGUUACAGGCCACGUUGCAAAAAAUAUUGCUCCACUUGGAACAGAGUUUCCCACGUGGCCCGACUCCAAACUACAGCGAUGAUCGUCGCGUGCUCUACAGGCCGCGGCUGUUGCUGGUAGGCAACGGUGAUCUCGGGCAGAGCAGUGACUUGGGUCCGGCUAUCAUACACGCCAUGGAUAGCGUGCCUGCACACAAGCUCAACUUUACAUCGCUCUAUGAAUACUCCUCUCGAACUCCUGAGAAGGCUGUCGUGGAGAUAUUCCACGAAGCGAGUUCGCGUCCUCCGUCAAUAAUCUUUAUGCCUCAUUUUGAUGACUGGGUUGAGUCAACAGACGAGUCCGUCCGGGCGAUCUUCUUUUCACUUAUGGAAGACUUGAAACCCGGCACUCCGGUGCUGCUUCUAGCGACCUCUCACAGACCUCUGGCUGAAGUGGAUCCUAGAGCCUUGGAGCUUUUCAACGUUCACUACGGAGAGGUGAUAACGUUAAGCAACCCAACUCGAAAAGAGCGUGAAGAAUUCUUCAGACCGCUCUUCUACAAUCACAUGGUCAAACCUAAGGCGCAUUGGACGUGCACUUGUGCAAGGCAGCUGUACAACGCCGAGCUGUCGAGCGAUGACAGUGAGGCUACCUCCUCCGUCCCUGUGCAAUCGACUAUCGCAUCUUCCACCACGACGGGCGCCGCUAACCAACGCUCUGCGUUGGUCGCUUCCAUUUCUGCUGCAGUUGCAGAAAUGUCAACCUCCAGAAAUCUCACGCUGGAUCUGGAGCAGGACGCCACCACAGUUUCAGCAAGCGAGCGUGGGGAGGAAAGCAGUGUUGUAAUCGAUUACUCUCAUCUUGACGCCGUUUUCGAAAGCUUUGUCUCAGGUUCCGCAGACGCGAACGUCAGUCAACUCCGCGUCAUGUACACUUACAUUUUCUACCUGUUUCAAAAGCAUGCUUCUGUCAGUUACAAAGCCCAGCUAUUGUUGGAAUCGGCGGCUGAGAUUUGCAAGUUUUUCCAGUUCAAGAAAACGUCACGGCAAUGAAUAACGCUACUACCAACUGAUAUCGUUCAUGGGCUCCUUGGGAUAUAAAUAUUUCUAUUGAAAAUAAAAUCACAUCUUAGCUUGUCAUGCUGAAAUUCAUGCUUGUCAUGAAUUUUGCUUGUCAUGCUGAAAAUUUGUUUGAGCUUAUCUUUCAUUAAAUUUUCUCAUAGGUUAUUGCCCGAUAUUCUUUAUAAUAAACAACUUUCUUUAGUUCCAUGUAAGCUACUGGAAUUUCUCAUUUUGCAAGUAGGUACCGUGUUUUGUGUCUUAGUGCAUUGAGCAUAAUUAGUACCUAAUAUUUUUGAACAGGAGAUUUUGUAUUUAAUAUGUAUCCAGACGUACGUACCAACCCAGCAGCCGUUUCUGACGAGCUUUAGAGAGAAAUAUGAUUAGUUCGUAUAUGCUCCUUGUUGAUUCAACUAAUAUUUAACUUGAGGUAAGAUUCCAGGCUGUGUCAGGCUGUGUCAAAAGUGUGCCUGUGUCUUGGCACGGCGCCUGUUUGUGUUACAGUUUCUAUCUCUUGGCUAUUUUAUUACGUAAGUUGUAAGCGUUGUGGUAAGUUCUGCUUAUUUAUUUCGGUUCCACUUAUUUUGUUGCUCGAUCAGCGUAUGAUUCGGAGUUAAAUAUAUUGUAAGUUGAUGCGUGAGCAAGAGAUAUGUUCCAGAUCUUUAUUUGCCGUUCAUUAUAUUAAACUUGCUCUUUGUGCCGAUCUCAUUAUGACAUCGAUUUUAGGAAUCUCGAGCGUAAUAAAAUCACUGGAUAGAAGAGUUUUCAUUUUUUUUUGCGAUUACGGACAUCUCGUUAAUACUAGGUAUUUAGAGGUCUACUAACGGUCGAAUACUAGAGCUAGUUUGUUAUUACGUGUCGUUAAGUUCUGACAAUACUUCUAUUUUGUUGCCAAAGACGAAAGCUUUCACUUGUGUUUUCCCGAAAAGUCAUAAAUCGCCAUGUGUUGCAUCUCAUUUGUAAAUUUUGUCCAUUUAUCCUAAGAUUUAAAACGUGAUCAACACCUUUGCUCAUAUAGUAAAUAGCCAUGCCAUUCACCUUAAAAUUCUCUGUUUCUCUCGUGUCUUCCUUAUUUUCCGUCAUUCACGAAUGAUCUCUUAGGUUUCAUUUCAUCACUGCAGCAUCGCUUGAAUUUCUCUGCUCUUCAUAUCCUAAUUUACGUGCGUUACGCAAAAUGAUUUAUGUUUUUGCUCAAAGCCUAUUGUUGGUUGCCGGAAGUUGCUGGGUUAUUUUAGGUUUAAUUUACAUUACAGGAUUUACAUUACAUGUUAUUUUUACUGUGUUUUGGACUAUGCCUGCGGGCAAUCUUUGUCUUAUUCCGCGCGCAGGGAGUUAGAUUUUUACCGCCAUCGUUUUUUUAAUGAAUGCUUUUUUCUUAUAUUGGUUUGCUAGAGAGACUUUCAGCUCCUGCCUUAUUUUGUACUUGAUUGCGUUACUUCUCUUAAGAUUGCAUCUACUGAUUAGAUUUCUUUCAUAAAAAAUAAACCAUUUUUAUAGUAAAAGUUAACUUAUGAGUAUCUGUAAUUAACCAUUACUGGAAAUUUAGUUUCAUUCAUCUUCAACUUUCAAAAUUUGUACAAUCUAAUAUCUUGUAGCCAACUUUCUCUUGCUUUUGAGCUACCGAUAUAUAGACCAGAAAUGUUGCGCCUAUUGAACUGUGUUCAUCAUCGACUGCCCGACUUUUUUUCUUUCAAAUAAAAUAUUGUAGAAUUACC